AGAAAGCUCAUCUUUUGUGAAUUGUUCUUGGAUUGGAGAAAACUGAAGAGAAGCAGCAACCAUGAAGAAGAGCACCGUGUCUCCUCAUCCAUACCACUCUCCGAUACUUGUCGACGAGAAAGACAAAGCCAAAAGCUUUAGAGUGGAGAAAGUUGGAGCUUCAAGGUCUCAUGCUAUGGAAAAUGGCAAAGAGGAAGCACCAAAGAAUAAGCUGGAGAGGAAGUCAACUGAAGACAUCAACGAAAGCGCAGAGGCAUUCAUCAAGAAGUUCAGGAAGCAGCUUUUGAUCCAAAGGCUUGAGUCGAUUGAGAAUUAUGAGCAAAUGCUUGCGAGGGGCCUCUAACUGAUUUUCUGUGCAGGAUGUAUGGGAUCUGCAAGGAUUGUGGAUGGCAGCACAGCAGCAAUGGAGUUGUCAUUCUUUCGUAGGUUCAAAAAAGAUCUAGCAACUAAAACACUAACCAUGUGACGUGAUUCCCACUCAAUUACA